AUGUUGGGAUUCAGUUCUCGGGGUGACGACCUGGAUGCAGAUGAGGCUGGAAGGAAGGCGUCUCACGUUAUCCUGGCAGGUGAGGGGCAGCGGAACACGCAACGCAUUAUUGGGGGGUAUGCUGUGUCGCCAUAUUCUACGCGGUACCUGGUGUCCCUGAAGAGAAAUACCGGUCUCCACUUCUGUGGGGGGUCUCUGGUCAGCAGGUUCUGGGUCCUAACAGCCGCCCACUGCAAAACCGAACAGAACCAGAUGCUGGUGGUGGCCGGGGAAUAUUCCUUGUCCGUCUUUGAAGGAACGGAGCAGAUUUUCCGCCCAGUGAAGCUUGUGUCUCACCCGGACUAUAGCUCGUCUUCUAAGAAUGCAGACAUCAUGCUGAUCAAGCUUAAUCGUGCAGCUAUGUAUAGCUCCUUCGUAUCCAUAGUGCCUCUUCCACCUCAGGGGGUCUCGCCCUCUGAGGGUUGCCUGUGUCAGGUGUCGGGCUGGGGUUACACCAGCGCGGUCAGCGGCAAAGCUUCCGACACCUUGCGCAGCGUCAAACUGCCCAUUGUCCCCGUACGAAAGUGUAACAGCUCGGCCUCUUACUCAGGACACAUCACCAAGAACAUGAUCUGCGCUGGCUACAACAGCGGGGGCAAAGAUGCCUGCCAGGGAGACUCCGGGGGCCCCCUCGUGUGUGAUGGACGAGUCUUUGGCAUUGUAUCCUGGGGUCACAGCUGUGCGAACCCCAACUAUCCCGGGGUGUAUACGGCCGUGGCCAAUUUCCAGAAGUGGAUUUACAGAACAAUAUUUUAAAGAAAUCAAAGAAAUUGUGCCGAAGUUUUGUAACAGAAAUUACCUUGGGGUGCUCCAGCCAAAAGAAGUGUGGACACGGUGACCUCUGACCCAUUAUCAUUUACUGACCGUCGUGCUGCAAUGGCGCA